UAGACACAGACAAAACACUCCCAGACAUACAGUCUAACCAAGAAGUCUGGAGCAGGUCCAGGAUGCUGCUCUACCUGGCCUUUCUUCUAGGGAUCCUGCCCAUAGUAGCUCAAGCAGAAUGGCAGCGUCCUGUAAUAAAGCUCAACUCCCAACUCGUGUUUGGGCCUGAGGUAGUGCUAACCAAGGGCACUCAACUGGUCCUGAGGUGUGAGGGCAACGGGCCAGUCAACUGGCUCACCCGGUUGGCCAAACAUAGGAAAUUCAUCUCCAAGGGCAACAGCACUGUCAAAACCUUCAAAGUGGACAAACUGUCGGCAGAGCACACUGGGACAUAUACAUGUGAAUAUACCAGCGUGGAUGUCAAGCGCCCGAACCUGGUCUCCACAGUUCAUGUUUAUGUGAAAGACCCAGCCGGCCUUUUCACAACCAGCACCACGGCCCUACGUGUGGUGAAGAAGGAGGGGGAGGACUGCCUGCUCCCCUGCCUGCUUACUGACCCGGAGGCCACAGACCUCGGUCUCCGCAUGGAAAACAACACCUCCACACCACCAGGGAUGAACUACACAGUCGACCCCCACAGAGGCAUCUUCAUCCGCAACCUCCACCCGAGCUUCAACGCUGAUUACGUCUGCACUGCCAAGCUCAACGGCCUGGAGAUGAUCUCCAAGGCUUUUUCCAUCAACGUCAUCCAAAGGCUACGUUUCCCGCCGUACGUGUUCGUGGAGAACGACGAGUAUGUCCGUAUUGUUGGAGAAAAGCUGAUAAUCCGCUGCACCACCCACAAUCCAAACUUCAACUAUAAUGUCACGUGGACUUACAACUCCAAGAAGGCAAGCAGAUUCACCAUAGAAGAGAAAGUCAGCUCUGAGGAGAAUAACCGUCUGGACAUUGUGAGCAUCCUGACAAUUUUCUCAGUGGACCAGUCAGACACUGGCAACAUAACCUGCAUCGGCGUUAACGAGGCUGGAGUAAACAGUUCCACCACCUCCUUGCUAGUUGUAGAGGAACCCUACAUCCGUCUGGCCCCGCAACUGUCCUCCAAGCUGGCCCACCAAGGCCUGUCCAUCGAGGUGAACGAGGGAGAGGACUUAAAGCUCAGUGUCCUGGUCGAGGCUUACCCCCAGAUCAUAGCCCAGCACUGGGACACACCCAGCACCUCUGCCACACAGGAACACACCUUCACACGCUACAACAACAGAUAUUCUGCUACCCUGCUGCUGAAGAGAAUGAAUGCACAAGAGCAGGGCCAGUACACUUUCAAUGCCAGGAGUGCCAUGGCCAACGGAUCCAUAACAUUCCAAGUGCAAAUGUAUCAGAGGCCAGUUGCCGUGGUGAGGUGGGAAAACAUCACCACCCUCACAUGCACAUCAUCGGGUUACCCUGCUCCCAUCAUCUUCUGGUACCAAUGUUUUGGAAUACGAGAAACGUGCAAUGAGAACACCACAGGGGUACAGAUGCCAACGCCUCUCCUGGCCCAAACGUUUGAGACCCAGAGGGAGGAAUACGGAGCGGUCGAGGUGGAGAGCGUCUUGACCGUGGGGCAGUCCAACCAUAGGAUGACCGUGGAGUGUGUGGCUUUUAACCUGGUUGGAGUCAGCAAAGACACCUUUGCCAUUGAAGUUUCUGAUAAACUGUUCACCUCCACCCUAUUGGGUGCAGCCGGUAUUUUGGCCAUUCUCAUCCUGCUCCUUAUAAUCCUUCUCUACAAGUAUAAGCAGAAACCAAGAUAUGAGAUCCGAUGGAAGAUCAUUCAGGCCACUGAUGGAAACAACUACACGUUCAUUGACCCAACUCAGCUGCCUUACAAUGAAAAGUGGGAGUUUCCCAGAGAUAAGCUCAAGCUAGGAAAGAUCCUGGGUGCCGGGGCCUUUGGUAAGGUGGUGGAGGCCACUGCCUAUGGCCUGGGAAAGGAAGACAAUGUGAUGCGAGUAGCUGUCAAGAUGCUCAAAGCUAGUGCCCACUCGGAUGAGAGAGAAGCUCUGAUGUCAGAACUGAAAAUCCUGAGUCACCUGGGACAGCACAAGAAUAUUGUCAACCUGCUGGGAGCCUGCACUCAGGCGGGACCUGUACUGGUGAUCACUGAGUACUGUAGUCAUGGAGACCUUCUGAACUUCCUUCGACACAAGCAGGAGACCUUUCUGAACUUUGUCAUGAACAUGCCCGAGGUCCCAGAAGAGACCAGCAACUACAAGAAUCUCAGCGAGAAGAAUCAGUUCAUCAGAAGUGACAGUGGGAUCUCCAGUGUGUGUUCUGACAGCUAUCUGGAGAUGAGGCCUGCCCGCCAGCACAUCAGCUCCUCUCUGGACUCUGUGUGUGACGAAGGUGGUCCGGACUCAUGGCCUUUGGACAUGGAUGACCUGCUGAGAUUCUCCCAUCAGGUAGCUCAGGGACUGGACUUCCUGGCAGCCAAGAAUUGCAUUCACCGGGACGUGGCAGCCCGGAACGUUCUCCUAACAGACCGCCAUGUUGCUAAGAUCUGUGACUUUGGCCUGGCGCGUGACAUCAUGAACGACUCCAACUAUGUGGUGAAGGGAAAUGCUCGCCUGCCUGUGAAGUGGAUGGCUCCAGAGAGUAUCUUCGACUGUAUCUACACUGUGCAGAGUGAUGUCUGGUCCUACGGGAUUCUGCUAUGGGAGAUCUUCUCGCUGGGGAAGAGCCCCUACCCCAAUAUCCUGGUGGAUACAAAAUUCUACAAGAUGAUAAAGUGUGGGUAUCAGAUGUCUCGGCCAGACUUUGCCGCUCCAGAAAUGUAUGACAUCAUGAAAUCGUGCUGGAAUCUGGAACCGAUGGAGCGCCCCACUUUCAGUAAGAUCAGUCAACUGAUUCAAAGACUACUGGGGGAGGAGCCAAAACAUCCAGACCAGCAGCAGGUGACAUACCAAAACGUCCAAGAGCAGGACAUGCAGGGUGAAGAACUAGAUCCAUGUGCUGAUGAUGAAGAGACAAAGUUUUGUGAUGGCUCUUGUGACCAGUCAUGUGAGAAUGAAGAGGAGGAGCAACCGCUGAUGAAGACCAACAACUAUCAGUUCUGCUGAAAAUGCCCUGGCAAGAUCCAAAUAUACCGUUUCUGAUCCAUAAUUCUUUAACAUUCUUUCUUUAAGCUGCUUUUGUAAAAACGUUCUGUAGAAAUGUGGCAUAUUUUCCUAAAGCAGUUCUUUCCCGAAAACCCUAUUUUGGUAGGGACAAAGACAGGCAGCAGAGAGUGACUGGAUAUAUACAGUGUUCGCUGACUGGAAAUAAUGUGUUACUCUUAGAAAUGAACAGAGAGAAUUUAACCACAGAGUUAUACCCAAAAUACACUUACAGUAUAUUAGGCCUUAUUGUACAUUAUUUACUUUGUAUGUUUUAAGAUUGUCUCUCUAGAAUCUAUGCACCAAAGAUGUAUUUACACUGACUGAAAAGACUGUGUUGAUCUCAAUCAUAUGUAUACUGGAUGUACAUUAUAUAUUUUUUUGAACCACCAUGGAGAUGUGCUUGAGAUUACUUGUUAAAUUCAAACUGAGGACCCCAUUGUCGUUCAGUUUAAACAUGCUACGUGGACCAAUGAAACAUGUUUUUGGGAUGCUAUUUACUUUAACAAAAGCAUGUGUUCUGUUUUGUAUCUCAAUUUUCUAGCCAUUGUAGUUAUUGAAUGUAGCAUUCAGCUAACACUGCCUACUGUAAUUAUGAUGAUUGCAGAUAAAAUCCAUGUCUCAGCAAACUGCUACAGUUUAUGUCAGUAACACAUCACAAUUGUUGUAAGACAGACUAAUUAUUAGCACCCAGUCACCUCCACGAUGAAUGGCCCCCUUAAAAAGGUGAACAAAAAAGGCUGUAUGAAAAACACAAUGAGCUUUAAUGUCAUUUUUUAACAUGAGGAAUAUAUUGUACUUUCAUAAAGAUUGGUGGGAAUUUACUGUUUUCAAUAUGUACUGGAUUUCAAUAUGUUUCUUUGGGUCAUUUACAGUAAGAUGAACUGUACUUGCGGCCAAGUUUCAGUUUCCUGGCAGAGAGCCUUAACAAGAGCCCCAGGACCAGCGGAAGCCAAAAAGCCUGAAGUUGUCAGAGAUCCUCCAGUUUAGUCGCUAUAGGCUACUUCUCUGCUCAUGGAUUCUCAGGAAAAGCUUCAGUGCUGUCAUCCUUUCAAGGGGAGGGUGCACCAAAUCCAAAAAUAAGGGUGCUUACCUUUAUCAAGGUGCCAAUCAUUUUGGAUGUGACUUUAUUUUGAAUAAUGUUGCAGUGGAGAAAAGAGAAGAUUAACAGUUGAUAUAUACCUUAUGUUUGAUGUAAUAAUGUAAAUGAAUAAAUCUACCUUUAUUUUCACGUUACUGCUUGACAGCAAAA